AUGAGUAACGUGCUUUCAUGGAACUGCCGGGGUUUGGGGUCUAUACCGGCAGUCAAUGCGCUUAGGCGUGUUGUGAUCAACGAGAAACCCCAACUGGUAUUUUUACAAGAAACCAAACUCCAUAGCUAUGAAAUGGAGCGUGUCAAAAAACGAUUAAAUUUUCGAGGGAUGUUUGUGGUGGACUGUGUGGGAGAUGGACGACGUAGGAAAGGAGGAGUGUGCUUAUUGUGGCGUGAAGAUUGGGAUAUUACUAUUUUGUCUUUUUCAACAAACCAUAUUGACUCAAUUGUAAAUGCCGAGGGAGGAAUGACAUGGAGAUUCACGGGAAUUUACGGCUUUCCUGAAACUGAAAACAAAGCGAAGACGGGGGCUCUGCUUAAAACUUUGCACAAUAGAGAGAGUAUGCCAUGGCUUUGCGGCGGUGAUUUCAAUUUAAUGCUUUGGUCAGUUGAGAAGCAAGGUGGAGGAGACUUUAGAUUUGAAGAAGCGGAGUUAUUUCGGGAAGCUUGUGAUCAUUGUGAACUGUAUGAUUUGAACUACGUGGGACAUCCAUUUACCUGGACCAAUAAUCAAGGUGGGGAUCAUAACUUGCAAGAGCGACUGGAUCGUUUCCUAGCGAACUCACAAUGGCAAACUAAGUUUGGGCACUCUUAUGUCACACAUUUAGAAAAAAGAAGAUCUGACCAUUUGCCGAUUUUGCUUAGUAUUCGCACAAAACUGCCGCAGAGUGGAAAAAAAAGGAACAAGAGGUUGUUUAGAUUUGAGGAGAUGUGGACAAGGGAAGAAGAAUGUGGUGAAGUGAUAGCGGCAAACUGGAGGAAAGGCGGAGAUGCAGCUGUCAAUGUAGGAAGAAUUGCUAGUGAUUUGCGUGAAUGGAGUAUGGCGAAGUUCGGAGAUUUUGCAAAAGAAAUGCGAAUGCUUAAAGAACAAAUGGGCAAAUGA